AUGCCCUCCCUUACGGUAGCGGUCGCCCAAUCCCGCACCCACGAAACCCUACCCGCAACCCUCCGCGCCCUCGAACGAACAACCGCCCUCGCCGCCCGUCGCGGCGUCCACCUCCUCCUCUUCCCAGAAGCCUAUCUGGGCGGAUACCCGCGGACAUGUUCCUUCGGCUCGGCGGUUGGCAGUCGAGACCCGCGUGGCCGUGAGCAAUUCCUGCAAUAUUUCAAGGCUGCCGUCGACUUGGGCGAUACGCCGGCUGGGGCGGGGGAUGACUGGGUUGGGCGGAAACUCGAGGUUGCUGAGGGGAAGAGGUUCCGUGGAGACGGGACGAGGGAGUUCCUUGAAAGGGUUGCGAGGGAGACGGGUGUGUUUGUGGUUACUGGGUUGGUGGAGAGGGCGGGUGGGAGUUUGUAUUGUGCUGUUGUUUAUGUUGAUCCUGUGAGAGGUGUUUUGGGGAAGAGGAGGAAGGUAAUGCCGACCGCAGCUGAACGUAUGAUCUGGGCCCAGGGAUCCCCCUCCACCCUCCGCGCCGUGACAACAACUCUAAACGGUAUCCCGCUAACUCUCGCUUCCGCCAUCUGCUGGGAAAACUACAUGCCUUUGCUGCGUCAGAGCCUCUACUCCCAGAACGUCAAUAUCUAUCUCGCUCCCACGGCGGACGCCCGCGAUACCUGGCUCCCGCUCAUGCGCACCGUCGGAAUAGAAGGCCGCUGCUUCGUCCUCUCGGCAAACCAGUGUGUGCGUUACUCUGAGCUACCAGAGUGGAUUUCCAGUGGGAACACAAGCACAAAGACACUUCCGACCCGAGAGGUCCGCACAGCUCCGGAUCCAGGACAGACAGACCCCGUCAAGUCCCAGGACCGUACACGGAAACUGUCCAUCACCGCUGAGGGUCCGCACGAGAUUGUCUGGCCACAGGCUCAUUGUGAUGAGCAGGAAUCUGAUCAGGGUCAGACGAAGGAUACUUCAACGACCAAUAUUAGGGAAUUCCGGGCUACUGCGGAGUCGGACUUGGAGUAUGUCUGUCGUGGCGGGAGUUGUAUCAUCUCCCCGCUUGGGGAGGUGUUGGCCGGGCCCUUGUGGGAAGUGUGCACGGAUGAUGUGCCGGAUGAUAGCGAUGCGGCUGUGACCGAUUCGGCGCCUGGGGCCGCAGCUACGGAUUCUAGUGCUGCCGUGGCAGCGGGUGAUGGUCUGGCUAUCACGCGCAUUGAUCUGGAUGAUUGUGAGCGUGGACGGUUGGACCUCGACGUUGCUGGUAGUUACUCGCGGAAUGAUGCAUUUAAAUUGGAGGUUGAGGGCUUGGAUUUGACGCCGCCACCCUUGUAA